AUGGGUCCCCAGAGGGACCGCGUCAAAUUCAACGUCAGCGGCCGCAUCUUCGAGACCACCGCCACCACACUCGCGAACGCGGGCCGCGACUCCCUAUUCGGAGCCCUACUCGACUCCAACUGGAACCUCCUCCCCUCACCCUCACCCGACCACCACCACUUUAUCGACCGAAACCCCGACUGCUUCGCCGUCCUCCUCGACCUCCUCAGAACUGGCGGCCUCCACAUCCCCCCAAACCUCCCCGAAAAACUCCUCUACCGCGAAGCCCUCUACUACGGCCUCCUAACCCACGUUCGGGCUGCCAGCUGGGGCCCGUUUGAUGGAAACGCCCUCCGCCUCUCCGCCUCAGUCCCGGGCCGGGCCCCCGGUGACGGCACCGCUAUUCGGGCCGGGCCCGACGGCGGCUGCUGCGUGGCCCACGGCAGCGUGGUCCACGUCUACGACUGGAUGCUCGACGAGCACCCGCCGAUAAACCUCGACUAUCAGAGGGUUAACGACGUCGUUUGGGUCGACUCGGAAAAUAUCGCGGUCAGCGCGUGCGAGCGUCUCGGGAGAUCCGACGACGGCGGAAUUGGGCUUUUCGGCUCGUCUGACGGCGAGUUGAGGUGUAAAUUCCGCGUCGCGCAUGGAAAUCGAGUCAAGAGCUUCACUGGCGGCGCGCUUAGUUUCAACUCGGAUUAUAAGAUUUUCGCGAGCUGUAAAGGGAGGAGUAACGAGUACGGGAUAGGGGUUUGGGACCGAGUGACCGGUAGACAGGUGGAUUUCUUUUACGAGCCGAGCGGAUGGUCGCUCGGUGAGGCCGACAGGCUGCAGUGGCUCGACGGAGCAAACUGUUUGCUUGUGGCGACUCUUUUUCCGAGGAAAGAUAAUUGUUACAUUAGUUUGCUCGAUUUUAGGGAGAAGAGCAUGGUUUGGUCGUGGAGUGAUGUGGGGGCAGUUGGGAGUGAGGAUAGGAGGGUUCGGGACGCGAUAGCCAUGGAGGAGAUGAGUUCGGUUUGUGUUGUGAAUGAGUAUGAGGAUUUGGGGUUUAUGGAUUUGAGGAGGGCGGGUGGGGUGAUUAGGUGGAGUUCGAGGAGUCGGGUGAUGAAGGGGAAGAUGCCGGAUGAGACGUGUUAUCCGAAGCUGGCGUUGAGCGGAGGGCAGCUGUUUUCGUCGAUGAACGAUUGCGUGUCGGUUUUCUGUGGGCCCGACUGGGUGCUCACGUCGAGGCUGAGGAAUAGCUAUGGGGGCUCGAUUUGCGAUUUCUCGAUCGGUGGGGAUAGGCUUUUCGCGCUCCACAGUGAGGAAAACGUGUUCGAUGUGUGGGAGACGCCGUCUCCUCCGAUUAUUGUAGUGAAAAUUCUUUACUGCCUUUUGAAAGAUACUAUGAUACUCCCUAAGCAUGAAACAUACAGGACCAUUUUGGCAAAUUUCCCAAGAAUUAAUGCUUUAUUCUGUUCUAUAAUGGGCUUUGUGUUGUGUUUGGCAUACGGGAAAGAGGAUGGUUUGGCUCCAUCUGGGAACUUCACUUUCAAUACUACUGCAAGGGUCCAUGGGGAGAAAGUAUGGACAAAAAAGACUAGGCAGGAGAAGCCCAGGAGCAACACAACAGCCACUUUGGGGAGAGUGGGCCAGCACUUAGGCUCUAAGGACAUGGAUACGGGUUCUCUCGAGACUGCGGCCUGGACAACAUUCGGUACAACGAGUAACAAAGUGGGGGGAAAUAACAAAGUUCUAGUCCCGGUCUCAAGCGAGCUAGACCCCUCGAAGCAUAGAGCGGUUCAGUUUGUGGAUGUUCACCCGCGCAGUGGUAAUCCUUCGAAAGGCAGACACGGACCCGACAUUGGCACCCCGAAUGGUAGUGAUCAUCCGAAGGAACCACCUAACGAGGCCCUUCUGGAGGCGGAACGAGACGUCACCAUGAAUGAGGACACUUUGGUCAUGGCUUUGGAUACUGCCGAUGCUGGCUACUGCUGA